AGAGAAGCGCAAAAAGAGAACCACCAAGGCAGCGUUUCCAUGACUGUCGAUGGAGGUACCUUCGAAACCCUGGUUCCUUCGCAGUUCAUUUCCUUAUCCAUCCCAAACCCUCUCCAUCGACCCAACUCCACUCCUAUUCCCUAUGGCGCCUUCUUGCGAAUCGCCGUCCUCGAUUCCCCUGUACAAAUCGCCGGGGAGUCGCCUGGAAUCGCCGCAAUGUUAGUCCCUGUAAAUCGUGAAUACGAUUGGAUCUUCUCCACCGAAGCUGGUCACCUCCAACUCCUCUUAAACUCUCCAGGAAUCUCUCGCUUAAUUCUCGUCGGAAAUCUCCCUCAAAGCAGCGACAACUAUUACAAUCGCUGCAGAUUGUUAAACAAUACAACAGCUUAUCAGGCGGAGUUCGAGGAGACUCUAACACUUUCCCUCCUCGGCUUGUUGCCCAAAGUAUGUUUCAAGAACGGGUUACCCCAAAUACCGUUUCUAGUCUACGAAGAUAACGUGAUUCGUAGCUUUGUAGUUGCGAAAUGUUUUGGUUCUUGUGUUGGCGAAAUGUUGGUUGAAGACAUUGAGAUUGAAAUCCACGAUGAAGUGGGCGAUGCACUAAAACGGGAGUUUCGGAGAAGGUUGCGUUUUAAACGAAUGCCCAAUUUUGUUCAGACGGAGAUACGGAUUUCUCCUGGUAUAAGUGCCGAUUCUGGAAAUCUAGAGCUUGGAGGAGAAGUAAGUUUUUGGCCCGAAAUGGGUGUUUUGGUACAUCCCUACCUUCCUCCUAUGGUGGCUAGCCUUUCAUUGAUUGCUACCCAUGUCGAACAGAGGCUUGAGUCAGGGUCUAGACCACGGGUUCUCUGUGUUGGAGUUGGGGGUGGGGCACUGCUGACCUUUUUGGCAAGCCAUUUUGGGUUUGAAGUCAUGGGAGUGGAGGCGGAUGAAACGGUACUGAGAGUUGCAAGGAAAUACUUUGGCUUAAAAGAAGGGGAGUUUCUCCGGGUUUGUGUUGGGGAUGGGAUAGAAGUCAUAGAGAAAUUCUCCCGCCAAGAUAUUAAUCAGAAUUCGGGUUCUGCUUCUGGGCCUGUUGAAACUGAUGGCUGCUUGGAUAUUUUCGGUGGAUGUUAUGAUAGGAUGGAUUUGAUAAUGGUUGAUUUGGAUUCUGGUGAUGUUAGCAACGGCAUAAGUGCACCACCUUUCGAGUUUUUACAGAAUUCUGUCCUUGUUGCUGCCAAGUUGGCUCUUCACAAGCUUGGUAUUCUUGUGAUAAAUGUUAUUCCUCCAAGCAGGUCUUUCUAUGACUAUGUGAUUCUUCAGUUUCGGGAAGUAUUUUCAGAGCUUUAUGAAAUUGAUGUGGGCAAUGGAGAGAAUUACGUUCUUAUUGUCACUGUUUCUUCAAUCGGUUCUGUUUUCAAUGGCGGUGGAAAUUACAUUCUGGAGAAGUUGAAGUUGAUACUUGCAAUGUCAUACUUGGAUUCUAUAAGAAAAAUUUGAAGCACUA